AGAAAAGUGUCAGAAGCUGCAUAUGUCAGAGUCAUCAAUCAGCCUCAUACUAGACGACAUCUUUGGUAGUGAUGGCCUGGUGAAUGCCGAAACGAAGGCAGAGAACACAAGAAGGUACGAAGAACUUCAAAGAGAAUGGGAUGAACUUGAAAGAAUGGAAACAAAGAAAGAUCCUAAAUUCUCCAAAUACUUCCGAACACACAAACACGAUGACAUAUGGAAUCAUGCCACUCCCAAGGUUGCUAGAGAAGCAGKGUUCGGAAACAGAUGCCCAACAAAUAACAUCCCUGAGUCCAUCAAUGCUCUUUUGAAGAGGUGGCAAGGCUUUCAGGCAAAGGACAUCAGUGCCUUUGUCGACGACCUGAAGGACUUGGUGGACAGACAGAAAAUGGAUGUGAGGAGGGCAUUCAUUGGCACUGACAGCCCUUAUGUUGUCAGAGAAGAGUACCGAGAUUCAAUUGACAGAAGCUUCUUUCAAAASAAUCCUGGAAAUCGAACCUGGCCUACCAAAAAGCCAUUAGUUCAGCCAUCGAGAUAUAAUGAAGUACUUAAGUACAAGUGCAAGCCAGCCAGCUCAGCAACCUCAGCCAGCUCAGCCAGAGUACACCAGCCACAGAUUGGAGGUCCAGACAUAGAUAUUGUCGAAACUCUUUGCCACGAAAGUCUAGCAGGGUUAUUCACAAAGAAUGAUUUAAAGUCUCUCACAGCCAAAGCAAAGCAACUUGUUAAAGAUAACACUGUAAGAGAAGGCUUCGAACCCAAUACAUAUUUCAUCAAAAGUUCCAGCAAACCAGCCCCACAUAUUGUCAAGAGCUCUUCUAAUGGAAAGUUUCUGUGUGAUAGUGAUUGCCUUGGCUAMAAAGCAAGGAAAAUAUGUUCCCAUGUUAUUGCAGUUGCUUUCGCACAGAACAAGCUUCCACAGUUCCUAGCACAAUUUACCACCAGUGGUAGUUCAACUGUGAAUCUAACUAACUUAACAUGUAACAAUGUUAACAAAGAUGCAGGGCGAAAGAGACCUAGGUCAAGAAAGGGAAGAUCUAAAUCUCCAGACACCAUGACGACAAUGAAACAAAGUAGGACACUUGGAGAACUGUUCAAUGAGAAUGAUGAAACGYCAAGUGAUGAUGAGUACUCUGCUGUAGCUGGUACACCAUCUAAACCUCUCAGAGUAACUCUAAGAAGGAAAAGGCCAGCGAAACCUCAAGUGUCCCCUACUACAAGCACACCUUAUCAGCUUAUUGACAUCACUGGACGGAUAAGAAAGUGUGCAGGAUGUGGAGGCCUGCUCAAGGAUGGCCCCGAUCCUUUCAGUCGACAUCAACUUGACGAGAAGAUGUGCAUAAGGCACAAAGAGCAUGACUUUGUGUGGCUUGAGCGAAGCUCACAAUGGAAGAAAACCUUUGAUAAUAAGCAUUAUCAUAUCUUCAGCAACUGUGUCAGGAGCAGAAAUGGUGACACCUUUAAUGUGUCAUCAGUAGAUAUAGCUUUAAAUCAUACUAUUGUUGAAGCUGAGAUGUCUUUUCUAAAAACCAGAUUUUCCUCUUAGUUUAGUUUGCCAGAUAUAAAGAGCACAUUUCCUUGUUAUCUUAUUGUGAUCACGUUUUUAAUUUACCUUUCACCAUUUGA